AUGACGUGCCAAUCUCAUUAGCCGACCACACAGCAAGCAGGACAUCAUCAACCAGCCACAAAUAUGAUGGGCAAGAUCAUUUUCUAUGAGGACAAGAACUUCGGUGGCCGUCACCAUGAGUGCAUGAGUGACUGUGCCGAUCUUCAGACCGUGUUCGACCAGUGCCAGUCCAUCCGGGUGGAGAGUGGUAUGUUCGUGGUCUACGACCUUCCCAACUUCACGGGACACCAGCACUUCCUGAGGAAGGGCGAAUACUGUGACUCCAUGAGCAUGUUGGGAAUGAACGAUAGUGUGAAGUCCUGCCGCAUGAUUCCCAUGCAUCGCAGUAACUUCCAGAUGAGGCUGUAUGAAAACUCUGACAUGGGAGGCCAAAUGAUGAUUCUGGAUAAUGACUGUCCCAACUGCAUGGACCGCUUCCGUAUGUCCAUGUUCAACUCCUGCAAGGUGAUAGAUGGUCACUGGCUGAUGUAUGACCAGGCCAACUACAGGGGACGCCACUACUACCUGAGGCCCGGCGAGUAUCGUCGUUACAGUGACUGGGGAUCCAUGAGCUCCAAGGUCGGCUCCAUCAGGCGCAUCAUGGACCUUUAAGGACAGGAGGGACCUUGGGAAAUGUCUACUUUAUGCCUUGUUUCAUGCAAUGAAUAAAAUGCUGUCAGUGCUCAA